AUGGAUGCAAAUUCUUCGACACAGCCUUUCAAACAUGGAGGAGGUGGCCCGUCUGCCAUGGCCAUCAACUCUGUCAAGAAACUAGAAAAAUUGCGACAAGCCCUCAAAGGCCUCCCCGUCAAGCCACCUUCGAUAUAUCUAGAUGCUCAUGGAGUCGCGCAGGACGAAUUAAUCAACCUACAGAUCUUGGUGCAGCCAACCGGUACGCUUUAUUUAGUUGACAUGAAACGUCUUGGUACCGCAGCGUUAUCCACAACGACAGACAGCAGUGCGUCGCUUCGCUCCAUACUCGAGUCAAAGUCCAUCCCCAAGGUUGGGUUUGACAUUCGCGCCGUUUCCAAGCUCUUAUUCCGCGACUUCAACGUUUCUCUUGAUGGCAUGUACGAUCUUCAGUUGAUGGAACUCGCGAGCAGAGACUACCAGCACUCCAAAAAGCACCUUGCUGGGUUCGCAAAGUGUGUCGACCAGGACGUCCCAAAAUCUAACACUACUAAGAGUCGCUGGCUCCAACCAGAUGACUCUACCAACAUGCAUUUAUUCAAUUCUCUUGGCCAUGUUCCUUCUAUGAAGCGAAUCGAGUUAUAUCCUGCGCUGUGGGCGGUUUACAGACAUAGACUCAGUAAGCCGGGGCAGGCUUUCUGGCUUAGUUUUGCGCGAUCAGAGUCAUGGCAAAGGGUGCAAGAUUCCAAGCUAAGCAAGGGAAGGCAAGGCGACCAGAGCCUAGGCCCUACAUCCUGGUGGGACUCUGAGCUAUUAGACUCUGCCAUGGAGCGUUGGAAUGAAGAGAUAGUUACAGAACGCAUGGCGGGAGGUUACGAGCUUAAUGAGGACGCUGAAUGGGUGCCGUUAUCUAUGAAAUGA